CCCGCCCCCCUACCCUGUUUGGCGUCUAACUGUAGAUUUGCAGGUCUCACCUAGGAGCCUCAAAAGGGACCACAAGGUCCAGAGGGUGGGACAGGAUGAUCAGUGGGACAGGAUCAGGGUCUGAGAAUGAACACCGAAGAAUAAUUGCUUGAAGAAACUUCUCAACAUGGAAAACACGCGCAGUGAAAAUGAAGAGCAACCAGAGAGCACUCUGAAGAUCGAUGAAGAGCAGCCUGCAGUGGAGCAGUCUCCUGAAAAUCAGUGCUCUGAGGAGGAUCAAUCCUCGGAGGAUCUGUCCUCCGAGGAGCAGUCCUCCGAGGAGGAGUUCUUUCCUGAAGAGCUCCUGCCCGAGCUGCUCCCAGAGAUGCUGCUGUCUGAAGAUCGUCCUCCGCAGGAGUGCCUCUCACAGAAGAACCAGUUCGAAGACCGUAUUCCCAUGGAGCAACCUCCCUGCGGGGUGGGCAAACACAAGCUAGAGGAGGGAAGCUUCAAAGAAAGACUGGCCCGUAUCCGCCCUCAAUUCAUAGGAGACAUUCAUGGCAGAAAUUUAAGUAAUGAAGAAAUGAUACAGGCAGCGGAUGAGUUGGAAGAGAUGAAGAGAGUACGAAACAAACUGAUGAUAAUGCAUUGGAAGGCAAAACGGAGCCGCCCUUACCCUAUUUAAUAUGCUCCACUUUUCAUUGUUUUGCUUGUUAAUAGCAUUUGCUACCUGGCCCUUGUGUUUGCAUCUUCUUAUAUGCCCUUUCCCAUCUUAGUUGUAACAGUUUUAUUCAGGUUGUGCAGUUUUAUUUCAAGUGUUUGACAUGUAACUGGCACGGGUCUUUGUUUUUGUUUUUGUUUUCAGACCUUCUAAAAUCUGAGUGUGAUCCAUUUGCAUGGAAAGAUAUACAUUAUAUAUGUGAGGUGAUAAAAGCAAAAGGUAUAUGCAUAGCAUCCCAUUUUUGUAAAAGGAAAACACAUUUAUAUAUUAAUAUGCAAAGAAAAGCUAAAAACUAUAUACUUAAAGACUAACAUUGGUUAUCUGUGUGGUAAAGAUAAUAAGUGAUUUUUAUAUUUUUUUAAAUUUUGCUUUAUCUAAAGUUUCAUUUUUCAUGAUGAAUACAUUUUAUUUAUGUUGCACAACAAACAAUAUAAUGAAAAAUGUGAAGCAAGCCUAAAAUCAAAAAGUGUUAGUCAGCUUAUAAAGAAAAUGUGCUCCUUAAUAAAUAUUUAUCAGAACUUAAAAGUUAA